CAGGCUGCUUCACUCCGCUUCGCUUUCCCACACCAGUUCUGCACGGAUUUAUUUUCUCUGAGGACUUUUGUUUUGAAGGGGACUGUGGUUUUUACAAAGUUGCAUAGCUCAAGUGCUUUUGCUACAUUUUAUUGCAGUGUAGCCGAAGAUAUAAACUUAGCCUAUUCUUUUUUAUUUAUCUAAAUAAAAAAAAAUGACUCAAUUCAAUAAGGGACCGGCCUACGGAUUAUCCGCCGAAGUCAAAAGCAAAAUCGCUCAGAAGUACGACCUGCAACGGGAAGAGGAGCUGCGCUACUGGAUCGAGGAGGUGACCGGGAUGCCCAUUGGAGACAACUUCCAGAAGGGCUUGAAAGAUGGGGUCAUCCUGAGCGAAUUGAUUAACAAACUGCACCCCGGCUCGGUGAAGAAGAUCAAUCACUCACAACUCAACUGGCACAAGCUGGAGAACCUCGGGAACUUCAUCAAAGCCAUCUUGGCCUACGGCAUGAAGCCCAACGACAUCUUUGAGGCCAACGACCUGUUUGAAAACGGGAACCUCACUCAAGUUCAGACCACACUGCUUGCCCUGGCGAACAUGGCAAAGACCAAAGGUAUUGACACAAAGUUUGACAUUGGUGUGAAAUAUGCAGACAAACAGGCUCGGCAUUUCGACGACGACAAGAUCAAGGCAGGCCAGUGUGUCAUUGGACUACAGAUGGGAACAAACAAGUGUGCGAGUCAGGCAGGAAUGACUGCUUAUGGCACCAGAAGACAUCUCUAUGACCCAAAGACGCACACGGACAAACCCUUCGACCAGACCACCAUCAGCCUCCAGAUGGGCACCAACAAGGGAGCCAGCCAGGCAGGCAUGUCCGCCCCGGGCACCCGCAGGGACAUCUACGACCAGAAGUCGGCCGUGCCCAUGGACAACUCCACCAUCUCCCUGCAGAUGGGCACCAACAAGGUGGCGUCGCAGAAGGGCAUGAGCGUGUACGGGCUGGGCCGGCAGGUGUACGACCCCAAGUACUGUGCCACGGCCACGGAGCCGGCCGUCCACACCAACGGCAGCCAGGGCACGGGCACCAACGGAUCGGAAAUCAGCGACAGUGACUAUCAGGCGGAGUUCCCCGACGAGGAGUACCCGGCCGGUUACCACGACGACUACAGCACCCAUUACAACGACCAGGGUUAAAAAGACUGCUUUGACCAACCUCCAACACCAAUAUACACACACUUGCCCGCAUCUCCCAUUGAGUUGGAGGAUCAGACUGUAGUUCGUGCCAUUCCAGUUUUAUCAAUUGGGGCUAUGGAGGUGAUUCCCGCGGUCCCAGCAUGUUACAAUGUCCAUUGUUUCCUUUUACAUUCCUAAAGUGUAUUUAUUGCCAUGUGUCUGAUCAUAAACCAGUCCCUUGUGUGAUGUUUUCUUUUUAAGAUAAAUUGUAUGUUUCAAUAUAAAUAAAGCCUUAAAUUCCUUGGAUCCUAAAGUAUCUUUUUACAGUG